AUGGAAAGUCAGUGGACAGAAGUUCAAAACAUUUGUGAUGUCAAUACAAGCAAAGUUUCACCCAUAUCUGCUUUAUGCUGGGAUCCAUAUCACGAGCUAUUAUGGGUUGGCAAUGACUCUGGACGAGUUGUAUCCUAUUACGGAAAGGGACUUCAGCGAUAUACUUCUUUCAAAAUGCAUAGUGACCAGCAAGUUAGACAGAUACGAGUGACAGAUAGAAGUAUCAUCAGCCUAAGUCCAAAAAGCAUACAAAUGAGAGACCGUCGAGGCCUUGUGAAAUGGAACAUUAGUAACGAGCAGACAAAGAACUUACAUUGUAUGACCUCGACUACACUCACCAAUGGCGAACUACUAGUAGCAGGUCAACAGGAAGAUAUGUUGGUCGUCAGCGCGGCUCGAGGAGUGAUCACGAGAACCAUCAAAGGUGUAUCCAACAUCGUCGUCUUGAAAAGUAUGCCUCGUUCGAUCUGUGCUGGUUCAUUAUUGGGUGAGGUGACUCUAAGAGAUCCUAGAACGAUGAAAGUGGAACAACGCGUGCAGGCACAUACAGCUACUUUGUCUGAUUUGGAUAUAUCUGGUAAUUUAUUAUUGACCUGUGGCUUCUCUCAAAGACAAGGUUCCCUCAUCAUGGAUCCGCUCGUCAAAGUGUACGAUAUUCGAAUGGCCGUACGAACACUCGCACCUAUCCCAUUUCCAAGUGGACCCAUGUUCUUAAAGAUGCAUCCAACCCUCAGUACAACUUGUCUAGUUGCCUCUCAAACAGGACAAUUUCAGCUUUGCGACGUGUCAAGUUUAACCAUGGGUUCAUAUGGAUUGUCAGCACAGUUCUUCCAAGUUCAGACAUCAAGCUAUAUCACAGCUAUGGACAUAUCCAGCUCUGCACAGACAAUAGCGUUUGGAGAUGGAAAUAGCAUGAUAUUUCAAUGUGCAGAUCGUGAGGACUUUGAUGUCAAUCCUUAUUCACUUCCCCUGAUUGCCCCAGAUAUCGUGCAACCACCAACCACGGCAUUAUCAGAAGACACAUCCUUAUCAAAUAUCGGCAUGCCAUAUUAUACAGAUCCAUUGUUAUCUGUUUGGCCAAAUACAACCGUGUAUGAAGUAGGUCAUCAACCUGCACAUCUCGAUGAGGAGAUUUUGAAAAACAUGAAGACGAUCGACUUUGUAGGUUAUGCGCCUAAUCCUGGCAAUAUACACAGAAAUCAAGCACCUCGAAAGAAAAAGACGAAUGCAAAGAGAAAUGUGCCCAAGUUUAGAUCAGAACAAGAAAGGGAAUUACUACAGUCAAAGAACGGCCUUUUGGAUCCAGACGAUUUAUCACACUCUGGCAGAAGAUCAUCUUCCGUAGGAGAUUUGUCCGCGAAUGAUCCUACAGUGACAAUCAUGCCUAGAUAUUACCAUCGUGUUGAAAUUCAGUAUAGUAAAUUUGGUGUAGAUGAUUUUGACUUUGGAUAUUAUAAUUCCACUCCCUAUGGUGGUCUAGAGACACACAUUAGAAAUUCUUACUGCAAUUCGUUUUUACAGAUGCUCUACUUCACUUUGCCUCUGCGAAUGAUAGCCAAAUCACACAUCAAAAUCUCUUGCCCCAAAGAUAACUGUCUCUUGUGUGAGCUCGGUUUCUUGUUUCGUAUGCUCGAGGAUUCCAAUGGCCAAAACUGUCAAGCGACCAACUUUUUGCGUGCCUUUAGCACUAUACCCCAAGCUAAUGCUUUAGGUCUAUUUGAGCCAGAGACGCCUACCCGAGGUCUGUCCUAUUCUCUGCUCAUACAAAAUUUUACUCGUUUUGUGAUGGAACAAGUUCAUCAAGAAUCGAAUGUGCCUGGAGAUAAUCCGUUGAUAUUCAAACCUUUGAUUAGAAAAAUUGUUCAAGUGCCUAGUGGAGAAACAGAGUGUCUUGAUACUCCUUCGACCAUGCAGCAAUUAUUUGGUCUUCAGACAGUGAGCCAGAGCCGGUGUAGUAAUUGUUUAAAUCAGGUCUCUAGAGUGACUUAUCCAUUUGUUGUGGAUUUGCUGUAUCCUAAAAAGAAUGACAGGAAAUCCAGAAAGAGAACUUUUGCUAGUAUAUUGAAAGCAAGCAUGUAUAGAGAAAACCAAACGAAAGCAUGGUGUUCACAUUGUCGCCAGUAUCAGCCAACAGCAACCAAGAAGGUGAUCUGCGGGCUGCCUGGUGUCUUGCUGAUCAACUCUGGAGCUGCCAAUAGCGACGAAUCUGUUGUCUGGAGACAAAACGGACCGAAUGUUACCAAGACGGCGCCUACAUCUACACAGGAACAAGUUGAAAAUGAACAAAGUGGACCAGCUGAAGAGUCACCGGCGUUCACUUCUUGGUUACCUGAAAGAAUUGGUAUUCGAAUUAACAACUGCGAGCUUACGAUCAAAGCACUUCCUAUUGGAAAAGAGAUACCCCCAGAAUUCAAAGAGUCACCUGAAAAAUGCGCCAUCUAUGAACUGUCAGGUACUAUUCUUCAAGUACAAGCAGAUGAAGAUUUGCCGCAUUUAGUUGCUCAGAUAAAAGUUCCUGAAGCCGAGUUAGAUCAAGAAGCAAAGACACCAUGGUAUUUAUUUAAUGACUUUUUGGUACACAAAAUUCGACCAGAGGAAGUGUACUCAUUCAAAGGCACCUGGAAGACACCUGCUGUCAUCCAAUACACUCGAGUAAACCUCGACAGUUUACUGGAUUUAUCUAUGCUACCAUCCGAAACGGAUUAUUCGCUAUUAUUUAAGGACCUUUCUAUCGCCAAGGAGCCUAACCCAGACCCUCAGUAUGAAGUACUUUCACCUGACGAAAUGCCUAAAAAGGGCACACUCGUAGCAAUUGAUGCAGAAUUUGUUGCUCUACAACAAGAAGAAACAGAAAUCCGCAGUGAUGGCACAAAGUCACUGAUUCGACCCAGUACGCUCACAUUAGCUCGCGUGAGUGUGCUGAGAGGAGACGAUGGUCCAAAAGAAGGUGUACCGUUCAUUGAUGAUUAUAUUUCAACAACAGAACCCAUUAUAGAUUAUCUGACAGAGUUUAGCGGUAUCGUAGCUGGAGAUCUUGAUACAGCCUUAUCCAAGCGCACACUUGUGCCAUUAAAGGUAGCUUACAAGAAGUUACGCAUGCUUGUAGAUUUAGGCUGUAUUUUUAUUGGUCAUGGCUUAAACAAGGACUUUCGAAUCAUAAAUUUACUCGUACCACCGGAACAAAUUAUUGAUACUGUUGAUAUUUAUCAUAUUCGCAACAGGCAGCGCAAAAUAUCACUAAGAUUCUUGGCAUGGCAUUUACUAAAUCAAGAUAUUCAAUUGGAAACUCAUGAUAGUAUUGAAGAUGCACGAACAGCUCUUACACUAUACAAGAAAUAUCUGGAAUACAAGAACAAUGGAACGUUUGGUAAAGUAUUAGAGGAAAUCUAUGAUGCAGGCCAUAAAUCAAAUUGGCUCAAAGGUGCCAAAGAGAUUAAAUCAAUCAGCAGUGCAGAAGUAACACCUUCUUUAUCAAGUUCUUUACUAUCCUCUAAUUAUUGGCCAUCACAAAACAUAUAA